GGGAACAGGAAUCCAGUGCGCAGCCGCGGAUCGGACAGUGCUCUGAGCAUGCUCAAUGUCAGUCAUAGCGACAAGCUGAGGGGCGGACAUUUCAGGUGGCGGUGGCAGGAGAUUGAGACAGGGUAGGGAUGGAAACCACGACACUGGGGCCUGGUAACUUCAUCAAUUCCUAAAGUUCGUUUCACACAGUAUGUAUGAGAAGGUGAAGUUUGAUAUUUGGAACUCGAACUGAAAUGUCACAGCAGGAUCUGCCAUCCAUCUUAUCGUGCCCUGAAUAGCUUAGAAUAUUUAAGCAUGGAAGAGAAAAAUUUCACGUACAAGCAGAAUCACACUGGGGGAAAACCAUGGAAGUGUGGGCAUUGUGAGGAGAGUUUCCAUUAUCCAUCUGAGUUGGAAAUUCAUCGACGCAGUCACACUGGGGAGAGGCCAUUCUCCUGCUCCAUAUGUGCAAAGGGAUUCACUCAGUCAUCCCACCUGCUGACCCACCAACAAGUUCACACUAAGGACAGACCUUUUGAAUGCUCAGACUGUGGGAAGUGCUAUAAAAGUUCCAGCGAACUGAUGCGCCAUCAACGCGUUCACACCGACAAGAGACCCUUUCAAUGCCCAGACUGUGAGAAGUGCUUUAAAAGUUCGAGAGAACUGAUGUCCCAUCAACUUGUCCACACUGACAACAGACCUUUUAAAUGCCUGGACUGUGGGAGAAGCUAUAAAAGUUCCAGGGAACUGAUGCGCCAUCAACGUGUUCACACUGACGAGAGACCUUUCAAGUGCUCUCACUGCGGGACUGGGUUCAGGCACUCAUCUCACCUCGCUGUACACCAACGCACUCAUACCGGGGAGAGACCGUUCACUUGCUCUGAAUGUGGAAAGGGGUUCACUCGGUCAUCCAACCUGCUUACACAUCAGCGUGUUCACACUGGGAAGAGACCUUUCAAAUGCCCAGACUGUGAGAAAUGCUAUACAAGUUCCAGUGGCCUGAUGUCCCAUCAACGUGCGCACACUAACAAGAGACCUUUUAAAUGCCCAAACUGUGGGAAGUGUUUUAAAAGUUCUGGGGACCUUCUGUAUCAUCAACGUGUUCACACUGACGAGAGACCAUUCAGGUGCUCUCACUGUGGGACUGGGUUCAGGCAAUCAUCUCAACUCACUGCACACCAGCGAAUCCACACUGGGGAGAGGCCGUUCAUCUGCAUUGUGUGUGGGAGGAGAUUUACUCAGUCAUCCAACCUGCUGAGACACCAGCGACUCCACAAGUGACUAAAGUGAAUGAACCUUGCUGUUCAUUGCAUUCAGGACUGAACAGUAUUCAUUUGGGUCUGUUGUUGCUGAUGAUGGAAAAUGCCAGGCCAGUAAUAUUGAUAUGUUCUGCGUAAAAGUCAAAUAAAUCAGCUUUGUGUUAA